GAGGCGAUACAUUGACGCACCAUUUUGCCCUCGAGUGUGGUUAUCUUGGCGGUUCCUCGCGUUCAAAAUCGGCUCGGCGGCCCACUAUUGUCGUCGAGCGGACAAGCACCGAUCUCCUCCUCUGCCAAGAAGGAGGAACGCCGGCGUUCUUUCUCUCUAUCUCGCUCUGACGAUGGCUUCGGAUCCCUCUCGAGCUCGCAUCGAUCAGUUCUUUGCUUCAAGAAAACGUAAAACCCCUCUGCCCAAGGAUGGAAAGCCGGAUAAAGAAUCCAGAAGCCCGGUCGCUGGAUCUCCUGGGGCCAAGGGAACCCUAGAUGGCUUCCUGGCCAGGUCUCCGGACGUUGUAUCGGUCGCCGGCCAGGGUCAGACUCGGAAUUCGCCUAGGCAUGACCUUGUCAAAAGAAAUCUGGUUUCGGAGAUUGAUUCGAUCGCUGAUGCUGUUCGCAAGCCCGACUUGGUUUCAGAUUCCGCGGAAACUGGGAGUUCAUCGAGAACUGCUCCUGGUCAAGAAAGUGGGUCCGGGGAUCAUCUUGAUUUCGUUCGGCCUCCUUCUGCUGUUGUUGUUGCAGAGAAAGAUUCUCCAGAGGCGGUAUUGGCUUGCGAGACCAGCAACGAAGGAAAUUUGGAACUCAAGAGGUUUGCCGCCAAUUUUCUGUCUUUGUACUGCAGUGAUCUACCAUCUGCUGAAAGUGUUCCUUUGGAACCAGAUCAAAAGGGCCAAAAGAGAAAUGGUAGUCCAUCGCUUGUAGCUGUUUGCAGCAAGACAUUGAGUAAAAGGCAAUGUGCCUUGGACCAUAGCGAUAUGCUCGUUGAGGCAGAAACUACUUCCCAUGCUUUUCCUGAACCACCAACACACAAGUUGCAUCCUGUGGCUGAAGAAGUGGUAAAUAAUAAGGUGCCAGGUGUUAAACUCUGCAGUGAAAUUGAUGGAGUUGUAAGCUUGAGAAGAUGCACUGCUACCCCGGAUGGUAGCUUCACUAAGACAAGACAUUAUAUGAUUGGUAUGUGUUGUAAUAAUAGGGUUACCGAUGAUACCCCAAAAUCUGCAUUAAGAUGUUCGAUAUUCUCACCUGGAGACGAGUUUUGGUCUGAAGCAAUUCAAGUCGCUGAUGGUCUACUUCCUGCAGCUAGUAAUUUGCCUGAAGGUUUGCAGUUUUCAAAAUGUGGAACAUCUGAUAAUAAGUUACGGACAGAUGAAUCUUCCUGUAGAGCUACUAAUGGUGUUUUAGAUAGUGGCUCCAUGGCAUCAAAGGUUUCUCAGAAAAUUGGUGAGAAACCUAUUGUAGAAAAUAAAACAUCGCUCAAGAUCAGUCAACAUAUUGAAGUAUCCCCGCUGCCUGUAAAGCAUUUUGAUUUCUCUUGUGAGGAUAGCUUCCGUCAGCGUGGUGUAGAGAAAAAUGAAAGUGCUAUUGGUGUCAGUGUCGAACCUGCAAAUAGUAAUUAUAUACAACAGAAACAUCUAGACAGCUUGCUUUUUAAGAAACAUUCGGAAGAUAUGGAAAACUGCUUAGCUCCUAAAGAAAAUUCUGAUUUUUCUUUUUGUAAUUCUGGUGGUUCAUCUUCGUCGACUGGAAAAUCGUAUCAAACUGGAGCUGGUUCUGACUUGGAUGCAUGUCCUGGGAAAGGUAAUUUGCCAACUCAAGAAAACAACAUGGGUCAAAUUCGGAGUGUAAGGUUGCCUGUUUGUCUGCCAGGAACUGGCUAUGAUUCAGCUAAUUUAGAGAGAAAACAAAAGAACAAAUUAAUCGCUAAUGGCAAUUAUGAAGAGUUUGGCACUCCCUCCAGUUCUGUGCCUCCAAAAUACCGUUUGCAACUUCACAGUUGGCUUCCUCCAGAGGUUUGCAACAUAUACAAGAGGAAAGGAAUCUCAGAACUUUAUCCUUGGCAGGUGGAAUGUCUCCUUGUGGAUGGCGUCUUAGAGAAAAGAAAUCUUGUGUAUUGCGCAACUACAAGUUCUGGUAAGAGUUUCGUGGCUGAAAUUUUGAUGUUGAGGCAAGUUUUAUCGACCGGAAAAAUGGCUCUUCUUGUCCUUCCAUAUGUAUCCCUUUGUGCUGAAAAGGCUGAACAUUUGGAACUACUUCUUGAGCCACUUGGUAAGCAUGUUCGCAGUUUUUAUGGAAAUCAAGGUGGUGGAUCACUUCCUAAAGAUACAUCUGUGGCUGUAUGUACCAUUGAGAAGGCAAACUCUCUAAUUAACCGCUUGUUGGAGGAAGGUCGCCUUUCUGAACUUGGAAUUAUCGUGAUAGAUGAACUUCAUAUGGUUGCAGAUCAGCACAGAGGUUAUUUGUUGGAGCUAAUGUUGACAAAGCUUCGCUAUGCUGCUGGCGAAGGAAGCUCUGACUCAUCUAACGGAGAAAGUUUAGGAAGUUCAGGAGCUAGUAGUGGGAAGGCUGACCCAGCUCAUGGUUUGCAGAUUGUUGGAAUGAGUGCCACCAUGCCUAAUGUAGCAGCUGUUGCUGAUUGGCUUCAGGCAGCUCUUUAUCAGACGGAUUUUCGGCCUGUUCCAUUAGAAGAGUUCGUUAAAGUUGGAAAUACCAUUUUUGACAAGAAAAUGAAUGUCGUCCGCAUUAUCUCAAAAACUGCUGAUCUUGGGGGUAAAGAUCCAGAUCACAUCAUUGAAUUGUGCAAUGAGGUUGUUCAAGAUGGUCAUUCAGUUCUUUUAUUCUGUUCCAGCCGUAAAGGAUGCGAGUCAACUGCAAGGCAUGUAGCCAGAUUUUCAAAGAAAUUUUCUGAUGGUAUUCACGAAGACUGUGAGUUUAAUGAUGCUUCUGCUGCAAUUGAAGCUUUAAGGAGGUCUCCUGCUGGAUUGGACCCUAUUCUUGAACAAACUCUCCCAUCUGGUGUUGCAUAUCAUCAUGCUGGCCUCACGGUUGAGGAAAGAGAGAUUAUUGAAACAUGCUAUCGUAAAGGACUUGUACGUGUUUUGACUGCUACCUCUACCUUGGCUGCUGGAGUCAAUUUGCCUGCAAGACGGGUUAUAUUCAGACAACCAAGGGUUGGUCGUGAUUUUAUUGAUGGGACACGCUAUAGACAAAUGGCUGGUCGGGCAGGUCGAACUGGGAUAGACACAAAAGGGGAGAGUAUUCUUAUCUGCAAGGCCGAUGAGGCCAAAAGAAUUGCUGCUAUACUGAAUGAUUGCUGCCCCCCAUUGCACUCUUGUCUAUCUGAAGAUAAAAAUGGGAUGACUCAUGCGAUAAUGGAAGUUGUUGCUGGUGGGAUUGUGCAAACUGCACAUGACAUCAAUCGCUAUGUUAGAUGCACACUUCUGAACUCAACAAAGCCAUUCCAAGAUGUUGUUAAAUCUGCUCAAGAUUCUCUUCGAUGGUUGUGUCACAAGAAAUUUCUCAAAUGGAAUGAAGAUACCAAGUUGUACAGCACAACCCCGCUUGGACGUGCUGCUUUUGGAAGUUCUCUUACCCCUGAAGAGUCACUGGUUGUAUUGGAUGAUCUUUUGAGGGCAAGAGAGGGUUUUGUUCUUGCAUCUGAUUUGCACUUAGUGUACUUGGUUACUCCCAUUAAUGUUGAAGUUGAACCUGACUGGGAAUUAUACUAUGAACGAUUUAUGGAAAUGUGUGCUCUUGACCAGUCGGUUGGCAAUCGAGUGGGUGUAACAGAACCCUUCUUGAUGCGCAUGGCUCAUGGUGCACCGAUGCCUGUUCAAAAUAGAUUGAGAGGAAAAAAGAGUGGUUUGAAUGAAAAGUUUCAAACUCGAAAUUCGGAAGUUGACAAUGGAAUGUUAUCCAAUGAACAAACUCUACGUGUAUCAAAACGUUUUUAUGUUGCAUUGAUGUUAUCAAGGCUUGUACAGGAGGUCCCUGUUUCUGAUGUUUGUGAAGCCUUCAGAGUUGCUAGAGGCAUGCUUCAAGCUUUACAGGAAAGUGCUGGCAGAUUUGCCUUGAUGGUGUCUGUAUUCUGUGAGAGGCUUGGCUGGCAUGAUUUACAAGGGCUUGUUGCUAAGUUCCAGAAUCGUGUUUCAUUUGGAGUGAGGGCAGAGAUUGUUGAACUUACUACAAUACCACAUGUUAAAGGUUCAAGAGCACGGGCACUUUAUAAGGCUGGUCUGCGGACUCCUCUAGCCAUUGCUGAAGCAUCAGUUACUGAGAUUGUUAAAGCUAUGUUUGAUAGUUCUGCAUGGACUCACCAAGAUGAUUCAAAGCUUCGACGCAUGCAGUUUGGUGUAGCCAAGAAGAUAAAGAAUAGUGCACGAAAAAUUGUUCUUGACCAAGCAGAGGAAUCAAGACUUGCUGCAUUUUCUGCUUUAAAGUCACUUGGAGUUCAUGUGCCCCAGUUUUCACGACCCUUGCUUUCUGAUAUAGUCGAGUCCCCUGGAGGUGGUAAAAUGCCCUGUUUCGGAGAAGAUCCUAGCAAAGAUGUUCAGCCUGCUGAAAGUCUACUUGCAGAUCAUAAAAUUGUCAACUCUGAUAGUGCUUCUCCUAUAGGUAACAGAGAAAUUUUAGUUGAGACAAUGAAGGCUGCUGGAGAAACAAGUUCAGCAAUACCAAUGCAGUAUAAUGGUAAUGAUACCGAUGUUGGGAGCUUGAUCAAGAGGGAAACAGCUAACCAUGCUAAUGCUGCUAUAGAGAUGAGAGUCGAGUGUAACCCUGGACCUGGAGAUAAGGAUGGUUUAAAUGGGAAUACCAGCAAUAAGAAAUCUGAAGGUCCUAUUAGUGCAAGCAGUUUUCCUGGUGGAUUUGACUGCUUCCUGGAUAAGUGGGCUUCAGUUAAUGAAUUCUGUUUUGAUCUUCAUUUCUUAAAACGACCAAACUCACAAUCUUCUGUCUUUUAUGAAGUUUUUGGCUUGGCCGUUUGUUGGGAUAAAUCACCAGUUUACUAUUGCAAUUUAUCUAAAGAUCUGGCUGCCUGCAGUAAUUUAGAUAAAUUUGACAUAUGGGAGCUUGCAAGAAGCAGAUGGAACAGGAUUACUAAAAUCAUGGGGCAAGAUGGUGUUAGGAAGACAACUUGGAACUUAAAAAUACAGAUUCAGGCUUUAAAAUUUCCUUGUGCUUCUGUCCAGAAAAUUGGGUGGCUCAAUGGUGACUAUAUAAAAUGGGACGAUAUUAAGAUAAUUGAUGACUCAUUUAUUUUAUUACCAUCUGUGUCUGUGCAUAAUGGAGUUGAUCUAUGCUUGGUGUCAUGGAUUCUUUGGCCUGAUGAGGAAAGCAAAUCAACUCCAAACCUCGAGAAGGUGGUCAAAAGACGGUUAUCUAAUGAGGCUGCUGCAGCUGCUAAUCGGGAUGGUAGGUGGAGAAAUCAAAUGCGUAAAGCAGCACAUAAUGGUUGUUGCCGCCGUGUGGCACAAGUACGUGCUUUAGGUUCUGUUUUAUGGAAACUUCUGGUUGCAGAGGGACUUGUUGAAGUGCUUAUGAAGAUCGAGAAUCCAUUGGUUGCAGUCCUUGCUGACAUGGAACAUUGGGGCAUGGCUGUUGACAUGGAGGCAUGCCUUCGUGAGAGGCAUGUGUUAAUGAGAAAGUUGAAGGAGCUGGAGAAGGAAGCUUACAAACUUGCCGGGAUGGCCUUCUCACUUUAUACUGCUGCAGAUAUUGCAAAUGUCCUAUAUACACAUUUAAAGUUGCCUAUUCCUCAGGGACGUAAUAAGGGAAAACUACAUCCUAGCACAGAUAAGCAUUCUUUAGAUCAGUUAAGGGGUCAACAUCCUAUCAUUUCGGUAAUUAAGGAACACAGAACCCUGUCGAAGCUCUUGAACAGUACACUUGGAUCAAUUUGUUCAAGGGCUCAGCUGUGUGUGAAGUCCCAAAAGUACAAAAUACAAGGACAUUGGCUCCAGACCUCGACAGCAACAGGACGCCUUUCUAUGGAGGAACCAAAUCUUCAGUGUGUUCAACAUAUGGUAGUUUUUACGACCCAUCGAGUUGAUCAAAACAGCUCAAGCUCAUCAGAAUGUGAUCAUCAUCUUAUCAAUGCUCGUGACAUCUUUGUUCCUACUCAAGAUAACUGGUUGCUGCUAACAGCUGACUACUCCCAGAUAGAACUACGAAUAAUGGCACAUUUUUCAAAAGAUUUAGCACUAAUUGAACUUUUAAGUAAGCCAGAUGGUGAUGUUUUUACAAUGAUAGCUUCAAGAUGGACUUGUAAGCCAGAGUCUGCAAUUAAUUCUGAGGAGAGAGACUACACUAAAAGGUUGAUAUACGGUAUCCUGUAUGGUAUGGGAGCUAACACUCUUGGAGAACAACUUCAAUGCAGCCCCGAAGAAGCUGCAGAGAAAAUACAAAGCUUUAAAAACUCAUUUCCUGGUGUUUCUGCUUGGCUUUCUGAAGCAGUUGCAUCUUGCCGGCAGAAAGGAUAUGUCGAAACAUUGAUGGGCAGGAAACGUUUUCUAUCAAAAAUAAAGUUUGGAAAUAGCAAAGAGAAGGCUAAAGCUCAAAGACAAGCUGUAAACUCCAUUUGUCAGGGAUCUGCUGCAGACAUAAUUAAGAUGGCUAUGAUAAACAUUCAUUCUGUAAUUGUUGAUGGGCGAUCAAAUGGUAAUCUGAACAAUGAUCUUGCAGUGAAACUCUCAAAUGUCAAAGGCCGUUGUCGUAUAAUUUUGCAGGUACAUGAUGAAUUGGUAUUGGAGGUUGACCCAGGUAUCAUCAAGGAAGCAGGGAUUUUGCUUCAAAUGAACAUGGAGAAUGCUGCGUCACUUCUGGUGCCUUUGCGUGUCAAACUAAUGGUUGGAAAAGCAUGGGGUUCCCUGGAGCCUUUCAGGGUCGAACCUUCAAACUCUCACUGAAGAAAUCAAUAUUCAGGUGCUUGGUUCAUCACACAGACACCACAGGAGCGGUUACCAUUGCUUGCAGACCAUUGGGUAAGCAGACAUUGUAUCAUGCAGCUAUAGGUGCAGGUCAUAGAAACUCUGCCUAUGAUUUAGGAGCUGCAGUUCCUAUGAGCCACUGAACGUAUUGAGAAGCCAAGUACAACCAUAAAUUCAUCACAAUCAAUAGAGAGCAGAAAAAGGAAAUAGUUAUAUGACUUGGUCUGCAUUCAGCUGGAGCUGGUCAUUACAUUGGUGAUGGAAGUGCAAAUCUUUGGACCAUGAGCUAUUUAACAAAACCAACAAAUUAGGUAAGGAGCAAAUGUUGUAGCCGAUCGAUUCUCAUUAUGACUAGCACAUAUGUUGGAUUGAAGAAAGACUUCUGAAGCGUAAAUUAAAAUAAUUCAGUUGGGAAUUUGUCAAGCCUAA